GCAAAAAAAAACAAGGCGCAGCUUCGCAUCGCAUCGCAUCGUAUCGUAUCGUAUCGCAUGGUGUGUGUGAGAGCGCUGUAGCGGCAGUGAGCGCGCGGCUGUUUGGGGGCUGUUAGGGCCAGUAAUAACAGCAGCACACUGAGCGGAGAGACAGGAGCGCGAGGCAGCGCGUGCAUCUCCGACAGCGGAGGAAUACCCGCGGCUUGUGUUUACUCUGCGCCUUGUUGGUCAGGGGUUGAUUUUUUUUAUUUUUAAAUUUUAUUUAUUUUAUUUUUAACCUGCUUUCCGAUAAAAAAAAAAAAAACUCCCAGCCUGAUUUUUUUUUGUGCUUCUUCUCUCCCCGCGGAGGAAACACGCGUGUGUUUGUUUCUCUGUGUACCCGGACCUGCCCCUCCAAAGACGGACAUCAGUUAUACAUUUUUCCCUUAGGGACAGGAUCUGGUAUGGCAGUUGCACAUUGCACAAGCUGAGUACUCUGAAGCCAAGGCAGACGUGGUAUUAAGUCAUGAUGCAGGAGUCGGCCAGUGAGACAAUAAGCAACAGUUCAAUGAGUCAAAAUGGAAUGAGCACCCUAAGCAGCCAAUUAGAUGCUGGCAGUAGAGAUGGAAGAUCAAGCGGUGACACAAGCAGCGAAGUAAGCACAGUCGAGCUGCUGCAUCUGCAACAACAGCAGGCCCUUCAAGCAGCAAGGCAAUUACUCUUACAGCAACCAGGCAGUGGCCUGAAGUCUCCAAAGAACAACGACAAACAGCGUCCACUGCAGGUGCCAGUGUCAGUGGCCAUGAUGAGUCCACAGGUCAUCACUCCCCAGCAGAUGCAGCAGAUCCUUCAGCAGCAGGUCCUCUCGCCUCAGCAGCUCCAGGCACUUCUACAGCAACAGCAAGCAGUCAUGCUGCAGCAGCAACACUUGCAGGAGUUCUACAAGAAGCAGCAGGAGCAGCUUCACCUCCAGCUUUUGCAGCAACAGCACCCCAGCAAACAGGCAAAAGAGCAACAGCAGCAGCAGCAGCAUCAGCAGCAGUUAGCGGCACAGCAGCUGGUCUUUCAGCAGCAGCUCCUGCAGAUGCAGCAGCUCCAGCAGCAGCAGCACUUGCUCAGCAUGCAGCGGCAGGGCCUUCUUUCUCUGCCCCCAGGCCCAGGACAGAGCGCCCUCCCUGCACAGGCUCUCCCGCCAGCAGGCCUGAGCCCUGCCGAGCUCCAGCAGUUGUGGAAGGACGUGACCAGCAGUCACACCAUGGAGGACAAUGGCCUGAAACACAGUGGCCUGGACCUAAGCACCACCAACUCUUCCUCCACUACCUCCUCCACCACCUCCAAAGCUUCUCCGCCAAUCACUCAUCACCCCAUCUCCAACGGCCAGUCCCCGGCCGUCAACCCACGCAGAGAAAGCUCGUUACACGAAGAGACUGGAGCAUUACACUCACACUCCCUCUAUGGUCACGGAGUGUGUAAAUGGCCAGGCUGUGAGAGCAUCUGCGAGGACUUCGGACAGUUUUUAAAGCACCUUAACAGCGAGCAUGCUCUAGACGACAGGAGCACAGCGCAGUGCCGGGUCCAAAUGCAGGUGGUACAGCAGCUAGAGAUACAGCUUUCUAAAGAACGUGAGCGUCUUCAGGCAAUGAUGGCCCACUUGCACAUGCGGCCCUCAGAGCCCAAGCCAUCUCCUAAACCGUUGAAUCUAGUGUCAAGCCUGACCAUGUCGAAGAACCUGCCAUCGGUGUCACCUCCGAACCUGCCACAGACCCCCACCACCCCCACCACCCCUAUCACCCCACUGAGCCAGAUGCCCCAGGUGCCCUCCGUCCUGAGCCCCGCCAGCGUGCCGAGCAUGGGCGCCAUGCGCAGACGCCACUCUGAUAAGUACUCCAUGCCACUAUCCUCAGAAAUAGCCCCAAACUACGAGUUUUAUAAGAACGCCGAUGUCAGACCACCGUUCACAUAUGCAACGCUCAUCAGGCAGGCUAUCAUGGAUUCGAAAGACAUGCAGUUAACGCUUAACGAAAUCUACAGCUGGUUCACGCGCACCUUUGCCUACUUCAGACGCAACGCUGCCACUUGGAAGAACGCAGUGCGCCACAACCUCAGUCUGCAUAAGUGUUUUGUGCGGGUGGAGAACGUGAAGGGAGCAGUGUGGACAGUGGAUGAGAUGGAGUACCAGAAACGCAGAUCUCAGAAGAUAACAGGGAGCCCGACACUGGUAAAGAACCUGCCUCCAAGUCUGGGUUAUGGAGCAGCUCUUAAUGCGAGCCUGCAGGCGGCUCUGGCAGAGACGUCUUUGCCCUUGCUGGGUAACACAGGUUUGAUGAACAGCAGCGCGUCAGGUCUGAUGGGUGCCAGUCCUCCAGGUUUGCUGAGCGGAAGCCCGUCUAGCCUCUUACAGGGCAGCACCCAUGACGAGAUCAACGGCUCCCUCGACCACCUCGACACCAACGGUCACAGCAGCCCCGCCUACUCCCCACACCCCCACAUGUGGCAGAUGGUGUAUCUCCUUUACAUGACCGCGACAAAAUGGAAGAAUUGUGUUUUGCCUCCAAUUCACGUCAAGGAGGAGCCGCUCAACAUGGACGAUGAUGACUGUCCAAUGUCACUGGUGACGACAGCCAAUCACAGUCCAGAGCUGGAUGAGGAACGAGAGCUUGAGGAGGGAAACCUAUCAGAGGACUUGGAGUGAUGAUUUUCUUCACCCCCGUUUGCUGGGACUCCACCCACACUGAGCAGCCCACCCCUCUAACCACUCCACAACCGCAAAAAGGCAGCAAAUGGAAGCGAGGAAUAUUUAUUUAGAAAGUGUCCGGGAGACUGUCCCAAAGAACCACUCACAGCCCUUUGAGGACCGAAUAAGAACAGGCAUCAGAUGUCUGCCUUUUAAAUGAUAAUGAAAAUAUGGACAAGGAUUCAGUCAAAAUUGCUUGGCCACUUCAUACCAUACACAGCAGACUCAUGGACAGAAACAAAGUGAAAAAAAACUUGAGUCUUAUCUGUAGAACCGUUGAUGGCCACAUAUACUGCCAAAAAGUUUAAUUUUGUGAAUAUUUGACCCACAGUAGUCUCUGAUGUUAGAUACAAUUGCUGGUUCAAUUCAAGUUGUUGCUAUGUUAUUAUUUGCACAGGAGUAGUACCAGAAAUUAGUGUCACUGCCUGUAUGUUGCUGAACGCUUUAAAUAACAGUAUUUCCGUUUGUUUCCUUUUUCAAAGCUUAUUUUACAUUAUGUUUACAACACCACCAACUGUAAAUGCCAUUUUUAAAGUCACAUUAAUAACAGACCUGCGGUAUCAAGACUGUUGCAGCUGUCCAAAAAAAGUCUCCAAUGUCUCUCUAUCUCUGUUUGUGCUGAAAAGUGAAAUGUGAUAACUGAGUUGAAAUGUAAAUGUUUGUGUAAGCAUCAUGCUGAGGAAAAAAAAAUGUGCAUUUCUGCAUAUUCUCUUCUCUAGUCUCUUUACCUCCUUGUUCUAAAGCUUUGUCUACCUGCAGAGUCACAGGCAACAGCUAGAAACCAAAGCCAACACUAUCAAUGGCCAAUAGCUUAGACAGAAGCCACCAGACUCUUUGGUCAUCCUUCUGUGACUUUAACUAGUACAAAGAGAAGCUUUUUUUUUUUCUUUUUUUUUUUUUUAGUUCUGCUAACUACCUUUGAAUAACCUCGGGGAUCGCAUCAAUUAGCCCUGUACAAAGAUUUGAAUGAAGACAGCGAUUUUGGUGUUUCAUUUAAUUCCAGUUGGAGAGUUCCCAUUGACCACUUACUGGGUACAGAAAGAGGAUGUGGCCUGGCUAGCAGUAGAGAGCAGCUAGACAUGGAUCAUGACCAAAACAAGCAUUUGUGUGUCUGU